AUGAAUUCUAUUGUUGAGAGGCAAGUUUCCUUUACGGAUCCGAUUUUCAACAGCGGAAUGGCUUUGAACACUCCAAUACGCUCCAACAGCACACCUCUCUCCAACUCAAUCUUCAAAUCUAAACCCGUUUUCUUACAUGAAUGGUGGCUUGUCAAGCCUCAAAACCAAUGCAAUGGUUUUGCUCUUGCUGGCAUUGCUUCAAUGCCGGCAGAAAGAAUGUUUGUUUCAUCUGUGAUUGUAAAGGUACAUGAACCCAAUGUUGUAGAGACCCAAGAUGGAACCAUCUUAGCCUUCCGCUCUUUCAUUAACUCCUCUCGUACAUUACAAAACGGUUUUUCUUCUGAGGUAUGCCAACGUUUCUCAAUUGGAUUUCCACACGAUUGGGAAAAAAUUUCCACACGUUUAUCAGUUGAUGUUUCAAGUACUUCUUCCCACAAAGAAACAACUAAUGAUACUUCACAGGAAGCUAUGGAAGCUGAAGAUAACAAGAAAAUUACAAGUCUUAGGUUGUCUCAACCACAAGUUGACGUGAUUUAUAAUGGUGAAAAUGGGUUCGCAAAUGUUGAUGACUCAAAUGCUUCUCCCUGCCAAAAAACAGCUGAUGAAACUUUGCAGGAAGCAGAAGGUAAUGACAAUAUUGCGAGUCAUAAGUUGUCUCAUCCGCAAGUUGAGGUGGCUUAUAACGGUGAAAAUGAAGUCUCAGAUUUUGACGACUUGAAUGCUUCUUUCUCCAAAAAGACAGCUGACGUGACAUCACACGAAGCUAAGGAAGCUGAAGAUGACAACAAUAUCGGGUGUCUUAGGAUGUCUGAGCUGGAGGUUGACGCGAUUAAUACUGGUGAAAAUGGAGCUUCAAGUGUUGCUGCAGUUGAAAGUAAUGAAUCUAAGAUGGGUGUGUUUGAAUUUGAUCUUGACUUGGAGCAAAGCAGUGUCAAGUCUCCACUUCAUCCGAAGAAAUUGAAGUUAUCUAGUGACCGCAAGGAGAAUAAUAAACGUCUCAAGCAAAAGAUUGUAGAGGAUCCUGCUAAUUCAUGUAGAAGGGUGGUGACAAGAAGCAUUGCCAAAAAUAGUCACGUAAUGCUUAAAAAGGAUAGGAAAGUUGGAGCGAAAUGUUUUACUUCUCCUGAAAGAAGAUCCUCUAGGGCACCUUUAAUGCUCUCUUCUUUUUGA